GUGCAGGUCAUAGAUCAUUCGUAGCAAUGGGCGGACUGUAAUCCAGAAAUAAACACCCGGUUGAUGAUGUAAUAAAUUUGAAGAGGCAGAUUAUAAAAGAGUCAAUCUCUCGCAUGAUUGGGAGCAGACCGAUGACACGAGCGAAAAUUGGUCAUGAAAUAUGCAGAAAGCCUGGGGUGUUAUUAGUCUGAUUCUGACUUGUUGCGCGGUGCUCUAUCUAGUGCUAUGGAUGCAUCUCUCUGAACAGUUUCACGGCAAAACUGUCAUCAUCUCUGCAUUCAUUUUAUCACAACUUGGAACUACUAGUUUGUACAAAACUGAAAGAUUCAUUCACUCCACCGAGCGAGAAGUCGACGUAACACCUCUUCCGGUUCUUUAUAAGAAAAAUUUUACAAAACUUCCAGCGUGGGAUUUUGAAGAUCUUUAUUUGCGAAGCAGUAAAGCGAGAAAACCUACCUGUCCAAAGUCCCUUCAAAACACAGAGGAUCCCAAGUUCAAGGAGGCUUUUCUUCCUGACAUUCAGCUGUGGCUGUACAAAGGUCUACUGAACAUAACAGAAUGGAAUCGUUUAGCACACUUCAACAAUCCCUUCGGCUUCAUGGAAUACAAGUACACUGAGGUCAAAAGUGCAGUGGAUUUGAUACCAAAGCCCGAGUCUUCGAUAUUACUGCCCGUGCCUGAGAGUUCAAAGGAUGGCUGUAUCCGCUGCGCUGUUGUGGGCUCUGGUGGCAUUCUCAAUAACUCAAAGAUGGGCAAAGAGAUAGAUUCCCAUGAUUAUGUUUUUCGAGUGAACGGGGCUGUUACUCAAGGUUACGAGGAGGAUGUUGGGAACAGAACAUCGGUCUAUGUGCAUACAGCUUUUUCUUUAUAUACCAACAUUCUGACGUUAAAAAAGUACGGAUUUAACAGUAUUCCGCAAGAUGAGGGUAUCAAAUAUGUAAUGAUCCCUGAAGGCCUGAGAGACUUUGAGUGGAUCCAAGGCCUUCUGCAAGGAAAAGAAAGCAACGGGUCCUUCAAGGGCGUGAGGCCACUGAAAUAUUUCGAAGGGAAGUUUAACGAGAGUAGAUUCUAUGUUCUUCACCCCGACUUCCUUCGAUACGUUCGCAACAGAUUCAUGCCAUCCAAACAAAUGCAGGGCAUUCACUGGGCAAUGUACAGACCGACCAACGGAGCGUUUGCCUUGUUCUUGGCUCUUCACACAUGUGAUAUCGUGGACGCCUAUGGAUUUAUUACAGAAGACCACCAUAAGUACUCCAACUAUUAUUAUGAAAAGUUCAAAAAAACUAGCGUGAUUUUCUUUAUUAAUCAUGACUAUGGCCUGGAGAUAAAGACUUGGAAGAAACUGCAUGACUCUGGAAUCAUUAGACUUUUCCAAAGAAACUGACACAUCAAAAAACAGAAGGAUAUGUGAUCCGUCAGCAGGUGUUACUUGAAAAGAGACAGUCUGUGGACUAAAACUCAAUAUGCUGCAAGUGAAAGGUUGUGCUUUUGUUGUUGCUGUUGCUUUUUUACGCGGAGAGGAAGGUGAUAUUUAUUUUUUAAAAUGGUCUUGGUUUGUGUGUUCAAUCUUUGUACUUCAUUACGUUACAAAUUCCCAACGUGAAUCUAUUUUUAUUUAUUCUAUAUUAUACUAAUAUUUAUUUUCUCAAUUUUCUUAAAGAAUCCGCUGGUUUUUCUUCAAAAAGGCGAAAUAUGUAUUUUUCCUAAACUUGGGCUGUAAUAGCCAUACACAAACAUAACCGACGUUAUUUGUUUUUAGCCGUAUCUAAAGUAUGCUUUUCAUAUCUCGUCUUAACGAAUGUCCAGAACUGUUCAGAAUCAUCAAACGUCACAAAUAAACACGAAGAGAAAAGAACAAUCAAAAGGCUAAUGCAAAGUUGUUUUCCCAUUGGUUUUUCUGAAGUACUUCUCUGGAAGCUACAAUUUAGGUUACAUCUGGAGCAUGUGUUUAUUUUAGGACUGGGAGAGAACAGAAGGGAAUAUUGACAUGGUGUCAUAAAAACAUAUCAUAAAUAUAGAAAAACUGAAAAAGAUUUGUGGGGUUUAAAGUUGCUAAAAAGUCUUAUGAAAGAGAAUCUAGUAUUUUCACCUUUCUUCACCCCGCAUGUGAACGAUUAAUAUGUAUUCAAUAAAAAAAAUACACUGA